AUGACCCAAACAACUUCUACAACAGACGACUGGCGCACUCUUGUGGCCAAAAAGCGCAAACAACUAGACGCACAAAUCCCUUCUGAAUGGCGUUUGACCGAGAACUUUCUGGCGGCGAUUCCCAGCAAUGGCCACCUCAUCGAAGCCAAUGUCGUCCGUGGCAGUGGUCUUCUUUCUGACAAAGAGCUCAGCAUGACAGAGAAUUACUCUGCAACUGCGCUCUUAGCGGAGCUGUCAAUGGGAAAUUUAACCUCCGUUGAAGUGACAACUGCGUUCUGCAAGAGAGCUGCAAUUGCCCAGCAGCUUGUAUGUGACUGGGCUAUUGAGCGUGCUCAUUUCCUGGACGAAUACCUUGAGCGGGAAAAGAAACCAUUCGGGCCGUUGCACGGCCUUCCGAUCAGUAUCAAAGAUAGCUUCUGUAUUGAGGGAGUUCAGAGCACCGUUGGAUAUGUCAAGUUCCUUGAAAACAGCCCGGCUUCACACAAUUCAGCUAUCGUUGAAAUGCUACUGAAUCUGGGUGCUGUACUCUACGUCAAGACCAAUAUUCCACAGACGAUGAUGGUCAGAGACUCGGAAAACAACAUUUUCGGUCGAACCCUGAACCCCCAUAACACUAAUCUAACUGCCGGCGGUUCAAGCGGAGGCGAGGGAGCUCUAGUAGCAUUCCGCGGCUCAAUCCUAGGAAUCGGUACAGACAUUGCAGGAUCAAUCCGCAUCCCCUCCCUUUGCUGCGGUGUGUAUGGCUUCAAACCUAGCAUUGAUCGCAUCCCUUGGGGCGGCCAAGUAGCCGAUCUGGCCAUGGAGGGGAUUCCCGGUCUCAAACCCUCCGCUGGACCACUUGCUCAUAAUUUGAAUGAUAUCGAGCUAUUCAUGUCAACCAUUAUAAACGCCGAGCCCUGGAGACACGAUAGUACCGCAAGCGCAGCACCCUGGGCAUACCACAAAACCUCAAUUGAGGAACCCAGUCAACUUACCAUCGGUAUCCUCCCCGAGAGCAAGGAAUUCCCACUCCAUCCACCCGUCAAAAGAGCACUGCAGACCGCCAUAUCCGCCCUGAAAACCAAGGGCCAUCGUAUCAUCCACCUUUCAGAAACCCCCGCCACUGAUCUUGCGUACGCGAAUCGCCUCGCCUUCCAAUAUUUCAUUUACGGUCCACAUGUCGACCACAUCGCAGCUAGCGGUGAACCGCCCGUGGCAUCAGUAGCGAAGAUGUCCUCACCCAUGUUCACGGGUCCAUUCCCAGCGGACAUGAAUUUGCCGCCAUUCGAGAAAAUAGACGCAUUACACAAGGCGCGCAAGGCAUAUUCUGAGGCUUGGAGGAAAACGUGGGUUGAGAACGACCUGGAUGUUCUUCUUUCGCCCGGGGCCCAGAAUACGGCUGUUCCGCAUGAUACUUUUGGAUGGCCGCCGUAUACAGUGGUUUGGAAUUUGCUUGAUGUAAGUGUACCCUACCCUGCUUGCAUUAUUCCGUAUGGUAAGGCUUCGAAGGAGCUUGAUCCUGAGCCGAUGGCUAUUACUGAUGGGGUUCAGCCUAGUUAUGAUCCGGAUGCUGUUGAUGGCGCUCCAGGCGCAAUCCAGGUUAUUGCACCGCGCUUCCAGGAUGAGAUGUGCCUCGCGGCUGCGAGAGUUAUCGAUCAGGAUAUUCGAUGA